AUGGAUCCGUUAACCUGGAUAAAUUAUCUCAACAUAUACAUACUCUUCAAAAUGUUUGUGCUCAUCAGUACUGAAAUUUGGCAAUUCAGAAAUGAAAUAAAGAGCAUUUUGGAUCAAACGUACAGGGGUUGGGUGCAGAAGGAUGAGGACUUUAUGUCCAACGUUAGCACUUGUGCACUUGCCUGUCGUCUUCUUAGAAUGGAUGGAUAUGAUGUCACUUCUGAGUAUUUAGCUCAAUAUGAAGAAAGAAACAGUGUUGAUAAUUCAAUGGAAGGGUACAAGAUAGAUGUGAAUGCUGUUCUUGAACUAUUUAAGGCUUCACAUGUUAAAAUUUUCCCGCCAGAAGAAGUUCUUGAUAAACUGAAUUCCUGGACAAGCCAUUUUUUAAGAGAGGAACUCUCCACUUUUAUGACAAAUGAUCUCCAAAAUGUUUUCAAAGAAGUUGAUUAUGCUCUAAAGUUUCCCUUGUAUGCUAACUUGGAUCGUCUAGAGCACAAGAGAAAUAUUGAGCAAAGCCGAAUUGAAGACUUUCAGAUUCUCAAAACUGCAUGCAUUUCACAUGGAGUUGAUAAGAAAGAUAUCUUAGAAUUGGCACUGGAUGAGUUCAAAAUGUGUCAAUCCAUUUACCAGAAAGAACUCACAGAUCUUGAGAGGUGGACCAAAGAAAAUAAGUUGGAUCAGUUAAAAUUUGCCCGGCAGAAAGUAGCGUAUUGCUAUCUCGCAGCUUCAGGUGUGAUGCAAAUUAAUAUUAUCUUUUCUGAAAAGAUGCAGAAGUUUGACAUUGAUUUGCAUGGUUUCUGGCAGUGGCUUAGUUUGUUGAAGUCCAUGAUGGAAGAGGCAGAGUGGCUAAGGAACAAGUCAGUACCUACUUUGGAUGAAUACAUGGAAAAUGGAUAUGUAUCAUUUGCACUGGGGCCGAUCAUUAUCCCGGCACUAUAUUUUAUUGUGCCAGAUCUUCCAGAAGAUAUUGUCGAUGAUCCUGAGUAUCAAAAUUUAUACAGACUAGUGAGCACUGGCGGCAGACUCCUUAACGACAUUCACAGUUUGGAGAGAGGGAAGGAAGGGAAAUUGAACAGUGUAGCAUUGCGCAUCCUUCAUGGCAAUAGUUCUGUUUCGGAAGAGGAGGCUAAGCGAGAUACAAUGAAUCUCAUUAACUCUACCAGGUGUGAACUGCUAAGAAUGGUGCUGCAGAACAAGGCUAGUGUUGUUCCAAGAGCUUGCAAGGAAUUCUUUUGGAACAUGAGCAGAACAAUGCACUUGAUUUAUUUGAGAACUGAUGGAUUCUCAUCACCAAAAGAGAUGGUGAGUGCUGUGAAUGCUGUGAUUUAUGAACCUCUUGAUGUAAGCCAUCUUUUCUGAACAAGCCCAUUGAAGCUAUGACUUGAUGUACGUCAUUCUAAGUAUAAAAUUGUCAAUGAAGAAAGUCCCUGAGAUAUAUAGCUUGUUUGACUUGUUUCCUGAUACUUUGUGA